AUGGUCGGACAAUACUACCAUAUAGUCCAUGGUUUUAUUGUGGAUACCUUUCUGAAAACUGUACGGUUCUUGGAAGCGAAGCGAAAAGCAAUCGAACAGUGGUGGGAAAAAGAUGGUCGCACUCAAUUUGGUGGUGUCGUUGAUACAGUCAAGGUUACGGCCGGAGUCAUUUACGAGAUAGCGAAGGAUGUUUUUCAGUUAACCAUAGGUGGGACUUUCCUCGUUAUCCAAAUUGCUUUAUGGCUUUUCAUCUCUCAGGCAUUUGGCAAGAGGGCUUGACG